AUGGAAUGCAGUGAUGUGGUGGUACCCCCACACACCAGGUCCUCCUCUUUGCUGUACUUCUUCUCAGUGACUGGCACAUCAGAGGAGAUUUCAGAAGAGACUACUGACACCGGCUCAGGCAACGGGAUCGUAGGCGCCAUUUUCUGGACGACGAGUCUGAUGGGUGAGAGUGUGGAACUGAAGUCUCACGCUUUUGCAGGUUGUAUGAAAGCAGGAGCCAGAGACCCCACACCAGCAGCGACCCUGAGCCGACACCCAGAAAGACCGGCAAUAGUGGCCUCCACCGCCUCACACCCACCCAUCAAGGGGAUUCUGAAGAACAAGACGUCUGCGACUUCCUCGGUGGUGUCCUCGGUGGAGCAGCCCCACCGGAGUGUUGAAGAGGAGUUGAGUAAAAAAUCCCAGAAGUGGGAUGAAAUGAACAUCCUGGCAACAUAUCACCCAGCAGGCAAAGACUAUGGUUUAAUGAAAAUAGAUGAACCAAGCACUCCUUACCAUAGUAUGAUGAGUGAUGAUGAAGAUGCAUAUAGUGAUACAGAAACCACUGAAGCCAUGACUCCAGAUGUUCUAGCUAAGAAAUUAACUGCUGUUGAAGGCUCAGAACCAAAGUAUUGGAUUCAAGAAAAAAAAAGCAGAGUCGAGGAGAAAAAUGACUUCUCACUUGAAGAACGAGAAAAAAAGCGACAAUUUGAAUUGAGGAGGAAACUUCACUACAAUGAAGGACUGAAUAUUAAAUUAGCUAGACAACUAAUUGCAAAAGAUCUACACGAUGAUGAAGAUGAAAUGUUAGAGGCAGACAUUGAACAAUCAAAGCAAGGAUCUACUGCAAGUGGCCAACAGCAAAACAAAUCACAAAAUUUAUAG